CCGAGGACCACCAUCUCUCUCUCUAGUGCCCACGAAGGGUAUAGGAAGCCGGCGGCUUGUCAGAGGUAGCUCCAUUGUUCCUGAGGAUGUUUAGCCAGCUGGAUUUUGAACUGUAGCAAUGUCUGCAUUUAUGGCUCGGGCGGGUACUGAGGGACGAUGUGCUUCCCCGCCAGGAGACACGGAUGUGGACUCCCUGACAUACCCAUCCAACAUGAAUACCUACACAGGCACUCAAGCCACAUUCCGGUCCCUACGUCAGCUGACCCGAGAAGUACUGCCAAGACUUGAAAAUUACCGCAACUUAGCGAGCAUUGUGCAAGCUCCAGGCGCCGGCCAGAGACCCACUCUUGAUGACCUCCAUCAGCCUCCGCCGGGCAAGGAUCCGGUCGGGGCGUCAAGGGAAAGUGGUGAGGAAAAAUCUAGCGGAGAAGGUAAAUUCGGCUGGAUACAGGGUGUACUAUUACGCUGCCUUCUCAACAUCUGGGGAGUUAUCCUCUUCCUCAGACUCCCCUGGGUGGUGGGUCAGGCGGGAGUGUUGGAAGGCUUGCUGAUUGUGACCAGUGGUAACGUGGUCACUGCCAUCACCGCUCUCUCUAUGUCUGCUAUUUCCACCAACGGCCAGAUCAAAGGAGGCGGUACCUACUACAUGAUCAGUCGGUCGUUGGGACCGGAGUUUGGAGGGUCCAUUGGGUUAAUCUUCUCCCUGGCCAAUGCCAUUGCUGCCUCCAUGUACAUUGUUGGCUUCUGCGAGUCCUUGAAUGACUUGCUGAAGUCCCAGGGAUUGCUGAUCUUCGACAAUGGUGUAAAUGAUGUUAGGGUGAUUGGCAGCAUUGCCCUAGUUAUUCUCUUCGCGAUCUGCGUCAUCGGCAUGCAGUGGGAGGCUAGGGCACAAGUGGUUCUACUGGUGGUGCUUCUGGUGGCCAUCUUGGACUUUUUCAUCGGUGCCUUCGUGGGUCCUCUUACUGAAGAUGAGUUCGCCAAAGGUUUCGUUGGACUCAAUGGGACGGUGCUGUCCAACAACCUCUACUCUGACUACCGUGAUGAGGGAGCCCAGAGUGGGGAGGAAGGCAACAUGGGAUUCUUUGGUGUCUUCAGUGUUUUCUUCCCUGCCUGUACCGGCAUCCUGGCUGGUGCCAACAUCUCUGGUGACCUGAAGGACCCAUCAGCAGCCAUCCCCAAGGGUACGAUUCUGGCCAUAAUAAUCACCUACAUAUCCUACAUGUGUAUUGUGGUGUUGGCUGGGGCUGUGGCGGUGAGGGAUGCCACUGGCAAUGUCACUCAAAUAGCAGACUGGUCUUUCACCAAUUGUACAGACACUGUCUGUGAAUAUGGUCUUCUCAACAGCUCUCAGGUAAUGGAGCUGGUGUCCAUCUUCGGCCCACUGAUCUAUGCUGGUUGCUUUGCUGCCACCAUCUCCUCUGCUCUGGCCUCCAUUGUCUCGGCACCCAAAGUUUUCCAGGCCAUGUGUAAGGAUAAGCUUUACCCAUUCAUCGAGUUCUUCGCUAAAGGCUACGGUAAGGGCGAACAGCCUUACCGAGGCUACGUCCUCACUUUCGUCAUCGUGCUGGUCUUUACUCUCAUAGCUCGCCUCGACGCAAUUGCUCCCAUCAUCACCAACUUCUUCCUGGCCGCCUACGCCCUCAUCAACUUCUCCACCUUCCAUGCCUCCCUACAGCACAUCCCCAGCUGGAGACCCACCUUCAAGUACUAUAACAAGUGGCUGAGUCUGGUUGGGGGACUGUUGUGUACAGCCAUCAUGUUCCUCAUCCAGUGGUACACAGCACUCAUCACUGUCGUCAUCAUCAUCAUCCUUUACAUCAUUGUGUCCUACAGAAAGCCAGAUGUAAACUGGGGGUCAUCAACACAGGCUCAGAUGUACACUCUGGCCUUGAGUUCCGCCACAUCUCUAAAUCAGAUGGAGGAGCAUAUCAAGACUUACCGUCCCCAGAUCCUGGUGUUGAGCGGAGUGCCCUCCUCCAGGCCGCCUCUUGUCCACUUUGCACACUCCAUCACGAAGAACAUGUCCCUCCUGGUCACUGGACAUUGUUUUAAAGAACAGCAGCCACAGAUGUUGCGAGAGAAACUGGUAGCAGAAGCUACUAGCUGGUUGUAUCGACACAAGGUGAAGGCCUUCCACACCAUUGCUGACGGCCCCUCUAUGGAGUUCGCUGCCAGGAUACUCAUGUGUAAUGUGGGACUUGGUAAAAUACGACCCAAUUUAGUCCUCAUGGGUUACAAGUCCAACUGGCAGACAUGCCCAGCUGAGGAACUACAAAGUUAUUUCAAGACCAUCCAUUAUGCCUUCAGCUUGCAUCUGGCAGUUGGGAUCUUGUGUGUGGAGGGUGGCCUUGACUACUCUGACCUGACAGAAGUGCCACAAGAUGAAUAUGAUGCCAACUACAAUGCUAAUGCCUCUGCCAACCCUACCUCCUCCAGUGUUCCCAACAUUCCCGACCUCAAUGCUUCGGCUUUACCCACGUCUGUGUCUGCAGUCAGCCUUGAUCACUACCAAAAUGCAGCCGAUCUUCAUUCUGCACCUGCUGUUGGAGGGAACAUCAACGUUGCACCAUUCCAAGAGGGUAAGAAGAUAUGCAAGAAAAAAGAUAUGAGGAUAGGCAAGAAGAAAGAUCCCAUGUACCGCCUGCCCAAUGGCAAGAUAGUUGCACCGCAGGUAGUGGAUAAUAUGCUUCGCUUCACUCGUAAACAGCCCAAGGGAACUAUUGAUGUGUGGUGGAUCUACGAUGAUGGAGGUCUGACUAUGUUGAUCCCUUACAUCCUUACUACCCGAGCAGCCUGGUCCUCCUGCAAACUGAGGGUCUUCUGUCUAGCUAACAAGAAGGAUGACCUGGCCUCUGAACACCGACGGAUGAUUGAGCUGCUGUGCAAGUUCCGAAUUGACUUCUCAGAUGUGGUGAUGGUGCCUGGUGUCACACGGCGGCCCAGUGAGGAGUCUGUGAGGGAUUUCAAUAACCUCAUCAGCAGCUUCAAGGUGCCGUCAGAGGAAGAGGGUGGAGUCAAAGCCUCGGAGGGGAUCACGGAGUCAGAGUUAGUAGCUCUGAAGGACAAGACCAACCGCCACAUCCGUCUGAGGGAGCUGCUGCUGGAACACUCAAGAGAUGCCUCCUUCAUUGUUAUGACCCUGCCCAUGCCUGCUGUGGGGACGGUGUCGGCGCCACUCUACAUGGCUUGGUUGGAAACCCUCACACACCAGAUGCCGCCCUUCCUCCUCCUCCGUGGCAAUCAGUCCUCAGUUCUUACCUUCUACUCUUGAAACACACACUCGGUGCUACACUGGACACUCCCUCGACAACUGUGUGCUGCUCGUCAAGCACUCCUCCCGCUCAUUGCAUAUAUGUUAACUUAAUAUACAUUGCAAAUUUGUUCCCGUGGAGUACUUUUUAUUUUGUAAUUUACUGUGAUAGUAAAAUAAGCACUGUUGGGGUGUGUACACUGUAUAUAUCAUUUAUACAUUUGGUCUAUUUGAUAGGUAUGCUGUGCAUAAUGAACUAAACUAUCCUGUGAGCGGUGGUGGACAAUCAUGACGCAACGUUAUUAGAAAUCUUAUUUAUUAGUAAACAUUGAGACUGUGACUUAAGUUUGUCACGGUAUCCAUUCGUUCCCGAGUCCAUGACCAGACCACACACUAGAAGGUGAAGGGACGACGACGUUUCGGUCCGUCCUGGACCAUUCUCAAGUCGAUUCUAUACAUGUGCCUGAUUAGUUGCACAUAUUACGUUAUAUCUGUAUACUUUGCCUGGUGUCUUCAUAAUACUUCAUGAGAACUGCCUUUUGUAUGAUUAGUAUACAUUAUUUACACUUGUGAGGAAUAUGCUUAAUUAACAGGGUUCCUGUGAAGGCAGUAAAGUUAUCCCUUAAUUUGUCUUAUUUUGGUAUUAUGAUGAAAAUUUGCAAUGUUGGCAGAGAUAACUUAAGAAAAAUUAUCAAAUGUGGGUCGGUGUAUCUUUUUGUGAGUGAUGAUUUCAUAAACGCCAAAGAUCUGAUUAAUGGCUUUUUAUGUAUUGACGUCUAUUAAAGUGUAUUAGCCAUCUAUGUCGGGUAUUUGCAUGUUUUAUUAAUUAAUAAGCAAAAUCAAUUAUAUUGAUUUCCUACUAGCGCUAUCGCUGACUGACGAAAGCCGGAGUGACCUCCCUUCUGUGAUACAUCAAUUGAUGCAUGUAUUCCGCAGCCAAAGGCUUAACUGUAACGUAUUAUAGACGAAUAUUUUGUUCUUAUUGUUUUGUCAUGUCAUAACUGUAUUGCAUGAUUUACUGUAGCUAGCAAAUAUACUUAUAGUUGAAAUUGAAAUAAGUUUAUUGAGGUAAAAUACACACAAAGGGAUGAGGUAGCUCAAGCUAUUCUCACCCCGUUCAGUACAUCGUGUUAAUACAUACAUAUACACACAUCACAAACAAUAAACAUAUUACCAAACAUUCGGAGAGAUAAACAUCUACAUUUCCUCUACUUCUAGUGGUCAUAUAUAAUUUAGUCUGUGUUAACACGGUAAUCCGCUUAUAUUGUGAAAUGCUGACCAAAAGAGGUCUCGCGUAGUUUUUGGCAUUUUGUGAAGCUGUGGAUGUAACUGUAUGCUGACUGGAACACACUAUAUUGUUCUGUACUCGCCUAGUUGUGCUUGCGGGGGUUGAGCCCUGGCUCUUUCGCCCCACCUCUCAACUGUCAAUCAACUUUUUUUUUUCCCCACACACUCCCAUACUCACAUGAAGCAACCUGUAGCAGCUGUCUAGCUCCCAGGAAGGUGAACAUGGGCAUCAGGGUGAAAGAAACUCUGCCCAUUUGUUUCCGCCAUUGCCAGGGAUGGAUCCCCGGACCACAGGACUACGAAUCCCUAGCGCUGUCCACUCAGCGGUAAGGCCCCAGUUUCUGUGUCAGUUGUUCCAAGAAACCGUGGGCUUUAUUUCUUGAAAGUCUUAUAAUGUUACACAGAGAUAAGCUUGGACAUUGUCGCAGGAACCACGGAGGUCUUAAACGGACAUAACUGUUUUGGAAAUUAAUGUGUCCGUAUGUCUCAAGACAAUAUGGAUCCAGUGUCCGAUUCGUCGACAGUGUCA